CGUGACUUUGGUAGCUAGUGUAGAGUAGCAGAGAAGUUAGAGGAAGUGUAUGAAUUUUCGCGUACAUUAGUGAAAUAGCAAAAGCAUUUAUAACCUAUAGAAAGGCGAUGGAUAAACUUCGUCGUGUGUUAAGCGGCCAGGAGGAGAACGAAGAGCUUGGUCUUACUGCUCAGGUCCUGGACGCCUCCACGCUUAGCUACAGCACACGGGUGAAAUGGUUCAUCAUCUGUUUUGCCUGUGGGAUCCUGUGCUCCAUACUCGGAACAGCACUGCUUUUCUUACCCAAAGGCACUCAGCUCUUUGCUGUGUUCUACACAUUGGGGAACAUUGCCGCCCUGGCAAGCACCUGUUUCCUGAUGGGACCCCUGAAGCAGCUGAAGCGCAUGUUUGAACCUACCAGGCUGCUCGCCACAUGUGUGAUGCUGCUUUGCCUCAUAUUGACCUUGUGUUCAGUGUUUUGGUGGCAUAAAAGGGGAUUGGCCAUCCUAUUCUGCAUAUUACAGUUCUUGGCAAUGACAUGGUACAGCAUCUCCUACAUUCCAUUCGCCAGGGAUGCUGUCAUGAAGUGCUUCACCUCAUGUCUGAGUUAAAGCCACCUUUUGCCAGCAUAUCAUGUGAAGAGUGGUCCUAAUAUGCAAACAGAGUAAAUAUGUAAAAUAAUACAUUUUAUUUCAUGUUAUUUUUUUCUUAGAUAUACUCAGAAACAUUUCUUGAUAUGGCUUUUGUAUAAUUGUAUUGACAGCUAUUAGAGACUACAUACAUGUACUAACAUGGCUGUAUUAUACUUGCACAAAGAGAGAUCAUUUCCUUUUUUAUGUGAGUGUAUGCUUUGGGUGAGAGAAAGCUGAAUGCUUAAUGAAAAUAUUUAAGAACCUUUAUAAUAUAUUAUAGGCCAGAAUGAUACCAGAUUCUUGUGUGGUUCCUGCAAAAGGGUUGGAAAUAAUGUCUUAAUACAUUUUUUGGAUUACUGGCAACAAGCUGUGCUUUCAUUUUUCAUUUUACAUGAUCUAGGCAGUAAAGGCAUUAUGACUUAACAAAUACUUUGUACCCUGUAAGAAAAAAAAAUAUUUUUACAAAUGAUUUUGAACUUCAC